GUACCUACCUAGCUAAGCUAGCAUGGAAUCAAGAAUGAGAAAAAAACUAUAGUAAAGACGGACGAGAAAUUCUCUACUCAACAAACUAAAAUAAAAAGCAAGCAAUUUUCAUUUCAAGGUUUUGUAUCAGGCAGUCAGUCCAGUAGUAUUCCAAGCAUUUCGUUGUUUAGAUUUCCAAAUCGAAGACCACAUAAUGGACUACUCUCGUGAAAUAGUCGCAUUGCAGGGCGUGAUGGUAUCUGCCGACAACAUGCAUUCUUUUUCUAAAUUAUUAGCAAAAGGCGCAAAAAAGCAACGGACCCCAGGAUCUUCUUGUUUACUUUAUUUAAGACUGGCGGCCCGUCUCGGCUUCGCUCGGGCAAUGAAGAAAAAGUUAAAUACAUUAUCAACUCUAUGCGGAUCUAUUUAGAAGAACAAAAUUUCAUUUCAAAUAAUGUAUUAACAAAUAGCACAAAAGACAAAGUUCGUAAUUUAGCAUUGUUUUUAAUAUUAAAUGGAGAUUAUGAAGUGUUGCGGCAGAUGGCAGAUAUUGAUGAGAUUGAAAGUUUACUUUGGAUGCUACCAACAAUUCCCAAAUAUUUAAUGUGUGAAAUAUUUUGGAGUCUUCAUUUUGAUGAAUUUGUUUAUGAAUCAAUAGCAUUUUGCAACCCUCAGUUAAGUCUGGAAUUAGCAUCUGCUUUUUUAGAUAAUAUCAAGUAUUACUCUCCAAUGGAGUCUCUACACAAGUUGAAAAUAAUUGCUGAAGCAACAUACAGAGCCAUUUGUAGACUUCAUUUCUAUAAAUUUGAUAGUAAGACUUUAUCAGACAAGGUAUCAAAGAAUUUUAGCAACUUAGAAAAAUGUAUGAUAUAUUUCUGUGAUCCUCCAAAAGCAGAGAAGUUGGAUAAUCUCAGUAAAGAUAAUUUAUAUAAGUACAAAGGUGACUGCUUGUAUACUGUUCUUGAGUUAGUCGAUAAUUGCUUAGAAUUAUUCUCAGGGACACAUGAGCUUUACCCUGAAAACGUUGGUGAGUUGUAUACUUACACCCACUUGAAAGGAACACUUCUAAAUGAGUUUAAUUUCAACCCAUGUGAGAGUCCCAACAUGCUUAUUACCGAAUGCUUCAACAGAGUUCACACAGUCCUUUUAGACAAGUUUCAAUAUCUUGUAAUGGAUGUCAGUGUAGAUAUUUUUUGUGCCUGGAGUGAAUUUAUGGAGAAUGGUAGAAGUAUGCAACAAAAAAUUGGGGAAUGUUGUUACAAAGUACACAAGAAACUGUUGAGUGUGAACAGUGUGGCAGGGCAUCCAGUGGUGGAUAUGCUGCAGCAGAUAUCCAGCAAACCUGUGGAUGUGAACGAACUGGUGAAUGCAUCAGACACUACCACAAUAAUUGAAAAAAUCAACAAUAACAGUGGAGAAGAUAAAGUAGCCUGGUUACAGGCUUUAAUAUACAAAGAUGAUUUAUGUCAAAAUAGAACUCUAAUAGAAUAUCUGUCUGCAAAUAUUCAUCUUUUAAAUGAGGAACAGUCUAUCAAACUCUUUAAAGUUGUCAAAAACUAUCUGUCCAGCAUACCAGAAAAUAAAUAUAAUCUUGAAAUUUUAGCAGUAAAUGCUUUCCAGCAUUGUAGCAAUGAUGCAAAAUAUGAAUUACUCAAUGAACAUUUUAGUGACAAUGUGUUUGAAGAUAUGACAGAAACUGAGGAAUUUCGCAUUCUGCUAACUGAAACAUUCAACAAAAUCAUCUCCUCAAGUGAAUCUGAUGUUUGCAGAAUUCUGACAUUAUUUCUGCAAAAUCCAAAAAAAGUCUACACUAAGAUGUUUGAUUUAGCAUUGGAAAAUACACACCAGACAAAUAUAAUUGUAGAUGCAAUAAAACUUAUAGAAAACUUUUCAAAUCACUAUUAUAGCUCUGAUAUGGGACCUUGUCUAAUUGUAGUAAUGCAAAAGUCAUUCGAAAAUUUGGAUACAGAUAAAAAGAAAAAUAAUUUUGUAUACUUAAUCAGUGAACUAGAGAGUGAAAACUGUAUCACUUCUGCAAAAUUGCUCAUGCUGAUAGUGAUGCCAAAUUUACAUAAAGCAUUAUUGAACAGAGAUUUAGGAAGUCUAUAUGUAUUAGUUAAGAUACUCAAAGAGGCAUAUAUACUGCCAGAACUUUUGCAGUACAGGGCUCCAGUGCUGGCCAUGUUGGCUCAGGUACUUGAUGUGACUCGCUGGAAAAUUGAUAGUUUUGCAGAUUAUGGUCCAGAAACAUUACACCUUGCAUUGCAGUUGCAAACAUCUUUGAUAAAUACAUACAGGACAACAAUACCAGAUAAAGAAAGCAACUGGCUAAAGGCUAAAGUGAAAAACUUGCACUCUUUAAACAUGUACUACUACAGGAAGCUAUGGGACCUGCCGGGCAACAACUUUGCUGAAAUAAUCAGCGGCAAACAUAUAAACAGCAACAUGGACACAGAACAAUUAGCUACUUGGAUAUCACAGAUAAUAUGUUCAAGCACCCAAGAUGAAUGGUGUGACUUGUGGGAUAGUUUUGCAGUUUUCCCUAACACGAUAAUUUUAAACAUAUUUCAUGAUGCGAUGUCCCUACUAACGAUUGCGGAAGGCGCAAAUCGUACAGAAGGAUCCUGGCCUUGUCUCCUCUACUGCUAUACAAAUUUUGUAUAUGCAAUAAGGUACAAAUUCUUCAAAGAGCCAUUGAGAGAUAAUCAAGUGAAUCCAGUCGUUGACAAAAUUUCUGUAACAGCAAACCUUAUAGAGGAAGACAAUAUAGAAGAGCUCGCCACAGCCUUCCUGCCGUUGUUUGCUUACAUGGCUGAGAGGAGGAACGAUUACAAGAUGAAUAUUAGCCACUAUUUGCGAAACAAAUUAAGACACAAGAAGUUCGCUGACACCAUCAAACAAGUAUUUGAAAAUGCGAACGGUGAAAAUUAAUGAAAAUUAAAAUCAGUUUUUCGUUUAACGUACCACUAUUAUGAUUUAAUUUGUACGUAAAGUACAAUGGCAAUCUUAAGUUUCACUGAACUAAAUGACUUCUUCCACAAAUUCAUACUAAGUUAUUUUAUGGGAUUAAUGAUGUAUAUGUAUAAUUGCUUUACCAAGUAUUUAAUAUAUUUUAUGGCAUAGCCAAAUAUACUUGCGUAUGAACGUCGAAUGUGAACGCGGGCGUUUCUUUAAGCAAUAAAAGUAGAUCUGUUGCUAUAAGUGUAUAUAGUAAUGUAGUUUUGUAUUUUAUAAAGUUUUCAUUUACUACAAUUACCUAUUCGUUUGUUCAGAUAAUAUGGCUCACUUUUGUUUUUGAUCUCUAAUAACUACACGAUCUGCACAAGAGCAAUGUGAUAUUCUUUUCUAGUUGCAAAAAAGACUGAAGCAUUGUAAAAAUAAUCUUCUAAUAAACAACCUUGAUGCGAAAA